AAACGCGCUUCGAGUGAGUGAAAUGUGAAAUCGGCGCCGGUGCGAGGAGGAAACGUCUCAUUCCCUCGACCCUUCGACCACGUCGGGACCUCGUUUUGACCCGGAGGCGGCGCGGACCGUGAUGCGCGGACUAUUCAGGUGCCGCUAGAGGAGGCGGAGUGAUUCCUCGCGCUCCAGACGCGCGUAAACACAGUGCGCUCUCGGACCCACAGCCACAGUCAGAGCGACGCCGGGGAAGAAGCGACGCGGCCGCGAAGCGCACGGACUCCGCCUGCACCCUGCGCGUGCCUCCCAAGGAUUUCUCAGCGUUUCUUUGCUUUCUGGCUGCGGCUUUAACCGCCCGAUGGUCCAGCGCUGGCUCCCUAUGCGCCACACAUGCAUUUCGCCGCGUUUUCUGCGAGAAUUGGGUCAUGAUCACAUCGCCCACAGUCUCUGUCCUGAGAAAUAGCACGAAUCCAGCGUGGGAGAGCGGCUCCUCGGGGGAGAAGGGCGCAGUGAACGUCAGCCGGCGAUCCGUCCACAGCUCCGUGUCUCCAGCAGACCCUUCUCGCCAAGCCAGUCGUCUUCCCAUAAAGGUUUUGAAAAUGCUCACGGCUCGGGCAGGACACAUUUUACACCCGGAGUACCUUCAACCUUUACCGUCCACCCCGAUCAGCCCCAUCGAGUUAGAUGCCAAGAAAAGUCCCCUGGCUCUUCUGGCUCAGACGUGCUCUCAGAUCGGCAAACCGGACCCGCCGUCCUCCUCCAAACUGUCCUCGGUGACCUCCAAUGGAUCUAACGACAAGGAGACCAAGUCCGGUCCUCUGAAAAUGAGCGACAUCGGAGCCGACGACAAGUCCAGCUUCAAGCCCUACUCCAAGUCGUCGGAGAAGAAGGAGUCGAGCAGCAGCCUCAGUGGAGAUAAAACGGGUUUCCGCGUGCCUAGCGCCACCUGCCAGCCGUUCACGCCCAGGACAGGCAGCCCCAGCUCCUGCACGUCCGUGUCCCCGCUGCCGUCCGACGGCAGAGCGGGGGACAAGGAGGAGAAGAAGGACUCCGACAGCGGCAAAAGCAAUACGACGGACAACAACGGCAGCCAUAGAAUAAGUGGAAUUACCUCUGACGCGCAAAACCAAGAGAGCACAUCUGGAUCAAAGACCGUUACGUCGGACUCAGCAUCUGUGACCUCAUCGUCAGCCUCCGUCCUCGGCUCAGGACUGGUGGCCCCCGUUUCUCCCUACAAGCCCGGUCAUACAGUUUUCCCCCUGCCCCCCGCCGGCAUCUCCUACCCUGGAAGUUUAGCGGGAGCCUACGCGGGGUACCCGCAGCCGUUCCUCCCCCCCGGAAUGAGCCUCGACCCCACCAAACCCGGCAGCCAGCUGUUGAGCGCGCAGUUCGCGGCCGCCAACUCGCUGGGCUGCAGUAAAGCGGGGACGAGUCCGCUCGCCGGAGCCUCCCCGCCGUCUCUAAUGUCCGCCGGCCUCUGUCGGGACCCCUACUGUCUGAGCUACCACUGCACGAGCCAUUUGUCCGGCGCGUCCGGCGCAAACUGCGCGCAUGACUCUGCGGCGGCCGCCGCCACCGCGCUCAAGUCUGGAUACCCGCUGAUGUACCCGACGCACGCGCUGCACGGCAUGCACUCCACGGCCCCGUCCUUCAGCGGGCAUCCGUUAUACCCCUACGGGUUUAUGCUGCCCAAUGACCCUCUGCCGCACGUGUGCAACUGGGUCUCCGCCAACGGGCCGUGCGACAAGCGCUUCUCCUCCUCCGAGGAGCUGCUCGGCCACUUGCGGACUCACACGGCCUUCGCCGGCACGGAGAAACUGAUCUCCGGGUACCCGGGCUCGUCCCUCGCCAACGCCGCCGCCGCCGCCGCCAUGGCGUGUCACAUGCACAUGCCCCCCAGCGGCGGCCCCGGCAGCCCCGGCGCCCUGGCCCUCAGGGCGCCGCACCACCCCCUCGGACUCAGCGGCCGCUACCACCCCUACUCAAAGAGCCCCCUGCCCGCUCCGGGGGCCCCGGUCCCGGUGCCCGCCGCCACCGGUCCAUAUUACUCCCCGUACGCCUUGUACGGACAGAGACUGACGACAGCCUCAGCCUUAGGAUACCAGUAGAGUCACAGAGUAUACAUUUAUAAAGAUUUAGGCCCAGUGAGUUUUAUAUUGUACUUCAUGCAGGGACUGGAUCCAUGUGGGGAUCAGUGUAUUUAUUUGCGGUAGCUUCAAGCGUGACUAAAAUAAAAAAAUGAAUUAUAAUAUAACUUUGAAAAGCCUCGAUGUGCAUUAUUUUAUACAGGGAACGACAUUAAGCGACACAGUUGAGCAACGAUACUGUUUAAACGCUAAAAUAUUAUAUAUAUAUAUUAUAUUGCAAAAUCUGGCCGAGGUUUGUGUUCGUGUCAUUCCACGCACAGAGGCCGUCUGGGAUCUGACACUGAUGGAUGUGCAAAAUCAGUGGGAGCCGCAGAUUGUUCAGAACUGUGACACAUUUAUUUUGUGGGAAGUGAAAAGUGUCAUGAAGCCUGUUUUGACCUAAAUCUACUGCUUGUGUUUUUUUUCCUGUUUCUUCUUAGAGGCUAUAAGGAACUAUACUAAAAAAUACAGGAAUAAAUUAAGCCUCAAUGUAACAAAAUUAUUUUGGUUAAAACUUUAAUAAGACAAUUUUCUUAUUUUAAUGAUUUAUCACCCAAUUUAUCCUUUUCAUUUUUUUAUUUAAAAUUGUUUGAAUGUGCAUUGAUAUUGAAGGCUACUGUUAUUAUUAAUUAAAUAUUUAUUUAAUUGA